AUGCCUCUAUUGGACUUCUUUUGUUUCCUUCCAACGCCAACUUGCUACACAUCCAUCAAUGGGGCACACGCAGGCGCAAAAACAUCUCACCCCUCGUCUCUCUUUCAUUUUGCCGCUCCAUUUUUCUCGUUUUACCUUGCUGAUUGGCUCUCUACUCCCUCCCUCCCUCAAUUUAUCCCUAUCUAUCUUUCUCUCUCUCUCUCUCACACACACACACUCUAUCUAUCUAUCUAUCUAUCUAUCUAUCUAUCUAUCUAUCUCUCCCUCCCUCCAUCCCUCUCUCUCUCUCUCUCUCUUUCUCUCUCUCUCUCUCCGAGACUCGUUUCCUUUGCUGCCUCGCUUUUCUCUUUGAAGUUGACUUAUCUCGAGGAACACCGAGUGUCGGUCUUAGGGUCUUCAUCUAAUCUUGGCCAAAGACCGCCAAGGGCAGAUCUUUCCAUCAGAUUAAGGCGAGCGACGAGCAUGAGUGCGAGGAAUCGGGCUGGAAAGAUAAGUGAAGAUGUGGCAGAGACAAAGUGUUUGCGCUUUCCCAGCGCAGUUACUCUAUCUUACUCUGAUCACACAUCUUUUGUGCACAUCUAUCUAUCUAUCUAUCUAUCUAUCUAUCUAUCUAUUCUCAAGACUGAUGAUAUCUAUCUAUCUAUCUAUCUAUCUAUCUAUCUCAAGACUGAAUAUCUAUCUAUCUAUCUAUCUAUCUAUCUAUCUAUCUAUUUACCAACUAACAUGUUCUUAAUUCUAUCUAUCUAUCUAUCUAUCUAUCUAUCUAUCUAUCUAUCUAUCUAUCUACCAACCAACAUGUUCUAA